AUGUCUGGCAAGUACAUCGUCGUCUUCAAGAAGACCGCCACACCAGAACAGAUUAGGAAAUACGCCGACGAUGUCACUGCCAACGGCGGCCAGGUCAAGGACCUUUGGGAGAACAGGCCCCUCCUGAAAGGCUUCUCCGCUGAGAUCCCCAACAACUUCGUCGCGCAUUUGCAGUCCCUCCAGGGCGACUUGAUUGACUACAUCGAGCCCGACAGCACCGUCACCAUCCAAUCUUCCUGAGUUUCACGACAGUUAUAGCUCAUUACACACCCCUAUCAACAUGUUAUCUAUCGCCUACAAUCGAAGGAUCUACAAUAGGUUCUGUGUAAAGGAACGUACCCAAGGCAUCGUCACGUAAAGGAAUCUGGCGCGAUCAUACCCUGUGAUCUAUAGUGUACUUUUAGCAGCUCUGUGCUAAUCGGACCUUGUACAACUCACAUACAAUAC